AUGGCAUCUAGUACUGCUGCAGCUGGUAUGACUUCUUCUUCUGAUGGGUUGGCUUUGGUAAAUCCAUCUUCUUAUGUUGGGUUUGAUUCGAUUACUUCACAGAUUGAACAUCGUUUGUUGAAGAGAGGAUUUCAAUUCAACGUUAUGGUCGUUGGACAUUCUGGUCUGGGUAAGAGUACUUUGAUCAACACUUUGUUUGCAUCUCACUUGGUUGAUUCUUCUACUGGUAAGGACAUCACUCAGGAACCAAUUAGUAAGACCACCGAGAUCAAGGUUUCAACACAUUCUUUAUUGGAAGACCGUGUACGUUUGAACGUGAACGUGAUUGACACUCCAGGUUUUGGUGACCAGAUAAAUAACGACAAAGUUUGGGAACCUAUUGUCAAGUACAUCAAGGAGCAACACUCUCAAUAUUUACGUAAAGAGUUGACUGCUCAACGUGAAAGACACAUUGUAGACACUCGAGUACAUGCAGUGUUAUAUUUCAUCCAACCUAACGGUAAGGGUCUAACAGAACUUGACGUUGCUGCUUUGAAGAGAUUGACAGAAAUCGCUAAUGUUAUCCCGGUGAUCGCUAAAGCUGAUACUUUGACGUUGAAUGAGAGAGCUAACUUCAGAAACAUCUUACAAGAAGAAUUUAAAAAGUACAAUUUCAGAAUCUAUCCAUAUGAUUUAGACGAUCUGACCGAUGAAGAAGUGGAACUGAAUAAAAGUAUAAGAUCUAUUAUUCCAUUUGCCGUUGUAGGAUCUGAAAAGGAGAUUACAGUGAACGGUGAACUAGUAAGAGGAAGAAAAACUCGUUGGGGUGCCAUCAAUGUCGAAGACAUCAACCAAUGUGAGUUCGUAUAUUUAAGAGAAUUUUUGAUCAGGACACACUUGCAAGAUUUGAUUGAGACUACAGCUUUGAUCCACUACGAAAGUUUCAGAUCCAAGCAAUUGAUUGCUUUGAAGGAGAACGCCAACGCUAGAACUUCUGCACACAUGUCUCAGACAUCAACAACAAUGCUGCGUUAA